GUGCAAAAGUGAUAUGAUGCGUCGAUAGAGGCAACAACAAUUUUCUUGUAUUGUAUGUGUUACAUUUUAUUGGUGGAAACAUAAAACACUCUAUCUCUCUCAAAACAGAAAACGCGUUUUCGUUUUUCGUUUUUGAUUUCGCAAGAGUUUUGUUCAAAUUUAUUGUGGAAAAGGUGUAAAUUAUGUCGACAGUGAAUUUAAAUCCAAGAAAAAGUCCGAAUAUGCUUACGAAACAAGGCAGUAAUCAAUGGGUUCGAUUGAAUGUGGGUGGCACUUGCUUUCUCACAACCAAAACCACUCUUUCACGCGAUCCGAAUUCAUUUUUAGCGCGUCUCAUUCAAGACAGUGACCUAAUAUCAGACAAAGAUGAAACUGGAGCCUAUUUGAUUGACAGAGACCCACGUUAUUUUGCGCCUGUACUGAAUUAUCUGCGACACGGAAAACUAGUUUUAGAUGGUCUAUCCGAAGAGGGUGUUCUUGAGGAAGCUGAAUUUUAUAAUGUAACGCAUUUGAUAGGUUUAAUUAAGGAAUGCAUUACAUUAAGAGAUAAUCGACCUGCCUUAGAUAAAAAACGAGUCUAUCGCGUGCUACAAUGUCAAGAGAAUGAAUUAACACAGAUGGUGUCAACAAUGUCGGACGGUUGGCGAUUCGAGCAACUGAUAAAUAUUGGCACACAAUACAACUACGGUUCGGAAGAGAAUGCCGAAUUUUUGUGUGUUGUAUCAAAGGAAUGCAUCGGACCGACGAUUGGCCGCGAACAGGAAUCAAACGAUCGCGCCAAAGUUCUACAGCAAAAAGGUUCACGCAUGUAAAUUUCAACCGUUAAAGCGCGACAGAGAGUGAUAAACGACAAAGAAAAAAUGUGUUUUUUUAAAAAGUAUUUUCUCAAUGAUGGAUGACACAUCCAAAUUGAAUAAAUCAUAUUUCUUGAUACAGCGCCAAAUCGCACAUCGUUUCAACAAACACAACUUGUAUUCAAUGUGAAAUAAAAAAAGUAGCAGAGAAAAAAAGGAGAUAAAAAGAAAAAAAUGUAUUGAAAAUUAUAAGAAAAGUCUUAAGAGACUCCUUAUAGAAGAUUAAUAUUCACUUCACAUAGAAAAUGAAAAUUUUAUUUGCUAAAAUAAAAUUGUUGAUGUUGUGUAUUUGAAAUUAAUAUUUGCCGAAUUGUACCAUAGAAGAUAAAAGAUAAUUAUUAUAGCACGAGAUAAAUAAGUGCAUUCGAAUCGCAUAACCAUAAAGUGGAACUAAAAUUGAAGAUGAUAAAAACCAAUCACCAACACAUUUGCGGGUCCAUCGUUUUGCAUGCACCAAUCAUCAGUGAGACUCUAGCAUAUAUACAUAAACUAUAGUGAAUUUUUGAGAGAGUAAAAUAGAAUGUCACAGCCACACAAUCACAUACACACACACGUGCACCCUCUCUAGUACUUUAAAUGAAAUGCAUGAACAUAUGUUCCGUUUGUGUAUUGAAAAAAGAUUAUGAUAAAAAAAAGUGAAGAGACAUUCUUUAUAGAGUUUAGAUGGUGAUUAGACACAGUUCUUUUUUCUUUUCAUUAAAUAUUAGGUUAAUUUUUUCUUCUAUCGCAAUCGCAUUCAUUUCAUCCACAUUUUUCGUUCUUAGUUUAUCAUAUCCAUGCAAGAAUAGCUUCUUUUUUUUAGAAGACUAAAAAUAUUAUGACUGAUCUAUGCCAUCUUAAGGUUUAAACAUUUUAUGAAUAAUUAAAAAAAAAACAUUUGGAAACUAUACAUCUUGUCCCUUUUUUGGAUAAAUAAUUGAGACUUGAUGCUAAUCAUUAAUUGAAUUCAGUGGGAAAAGAAAAAUUAACUCAAACAGACCAACAAAUAAUAAUGUUGCUUUAGUGGCAAUUUGAGGCGAUUUUUUCAAUUGAAACAAAGAAGAAAAUUUUACAAAUGUAUUACGAAUAUGAAUCGAACAAAAUAAAAACGCAACCUGCUGGCGUACGAAUAACACAUGAAAAUAGAGAAAAAUCUAAA